GGGUGGGUAGCGGGUCAGGAGACGCCGACCUUGCAUUACCGCAUUUCCAAAGCUUCUUAAGUUUGCCUCCUUUUCGGUUGUCUGGGAUGCGAGGAGAAAAUUUAAAGAUCUCCCAGAACACUUGGAAGCUUUCUUGGGGUAGUUUCCUUGUGGGUGCGUGCGUGUUCCUUUCUUCCUGGAUGGAGAGGUAGAGGCCAGGUGGACAGGUUGAUUUUCACUCUCUGUAGAUUGUAAAAAUAAACAAACCAGGAAUUCCUCACCCUCCGCCCCAUGCCCUGCCCCACGACACAACGGCAAACAUUCCCAGCAAGUUUAAGAAACAGACUAGAAAAUUCUAAGGGGUUCUAAAUGUCAGAAAUUUAUUUAAUUGCCCAACUACCACUGAUGAAGUUGGAGUAACUGCUGAAACCGAAUUUUAUUGACCAGAAGACAGAAAAAUUAAAGUGCCAGAGUGAAAGCCAGAAUGGCAUCCAGAGAGAGGCUCUUUGAACUUUGGAUGCUUUAUUGUACAAAGAAAGAUCCAGAUUACCUGAAGCUAUGGCUGGACACUUUUGUUUCUAGCUAUGAACAAUUCUUAGAUGUUGACUUUGAAAAGCUGCCUACCAGGGUGGAUGAUGUUCCUCCAGGAAUAUCUUUGCUUCCUGACAAUAUUCUGCAGGUUCUGAGGAUCCAGCUACUAUACUGUGUUCAGAAAAUGGCAGAUGGGUUAGAGGAACAGCAACAAGCCUUGUCAAUUUUGCUUGUCAAGUUCUUCAUUAUUCUUUGCAGAAAUCUGUCUAAUGUAGAAGAAAUUGGGACUUGCUCUUAUAUCAAUCAUGUCAUCACUAUGACAACACUCUAUAUUCAGCAAUUAAAAAGCAAAAAAAAAGAGAAGGAAUUGGCAGAUCAGACAUCUAUCGAAGAAUUUGUGAUCCAUGCAUUAGCAUUUUGUGAAAGUUUAUAUGAUCCAUAUCGGAAUUGGAGGCAUAGAAUUUCAGGACGAAUCAUUAGUACGGUGGAAAAGAGCAGACAGAAAUAUAAACCAGCUUCUCUGACUGUGGAGUUUGUCCCUUUCUUUUAUCAGUGUUUUCAGGAAAGUGAACAUCUCAAGGAAAGCCUUAAGUGUUGCUUAUUGCAUCUCUUUGGAGCCAUUAUAGCUGGUGGUCAGAGGAAUGCUUUGCAAGCAAUUUCUCCAGCCACCAUGGAAGUUCUUAUGAGAGUUCUGGCAGAUUGUGACUCCUGGGAGGGCGGAAAUCCUGAAGAAGUAGAUAGGAAGGUAGAACUUACUCUGAAGUGCCUUACAGAAGUGGUACAUAUUCUUCUCACGAGCAGCUCUGACCAGCGUCAAGUGGAAACCAGUACUAUUCUGGAGAACUAUUUUAAAUUACUAAAUUCAGAUCAUUCAGCUUUACCUAAUCAAAGGAGGUCUAGAGAAUGGGAAAACCAGUUCAUAGCUCUACAGAUCAAAAUGCUGAAUACCAUUACAGCCAUGUUAGACUGCACAGAUAGGCCUGUUCUUCAGGCCAUUUUUCUUAACAGUAAUUGCUUUGAACAUCUUAUACGACUGCUACAGAAUUGCAAGCUGUUUUUAAAUGCUAACAAUAAGGUGGCAGACAAGAAUGAGAAAGACCUUGCCAACAAAUUACUGACAGAAAUGAAUGAGGACCAGGUGUUUCAGGGACAGUUGGAUUGUCUGGCUGUAUCAACCAUCCAGGCUCUGACAGCAGUAAUGAACAAAUCUCCAGCUGCUAAGGAAGUAUUUAAAGAAAGAAUUGGUUAUACACAUAUGUUUGAAGUAUUAAAAUCCCUAGGUCAGCCACCACUGGAACUACUGAAAGAACUUAUGAAUAUGGCUGUAGAGGGUGAUCACACUUCAGUUGGGAUUUUGGGCAUUAGUAAUGUCCAUCCUCUCUUGCUUCUUAUUCAGUGGCUUCCAGAGCUAGAAUCCCAUGACCUGCAGAUCUUCAUCUCUGAUUGGCUGAAAAGAAUUUGUUGUAUUAAUAGACAGAGCCGAACUGUUUGUGUCAAUGCAAACAUGGGAAUUAGAAUCAUUGAAGCCCUUCAUUCCCAUUCUUCCCUUCAUCGAACUUGUGCUGAGAACCUGAUUGCACUUCAUGGUUCCUUGGGGAGUCAGUCAGUGAGUGCAGAAGAAAUCCGUCAACUACUAAGAUUGCUGAGGGUGGAUGAAUCUGAGUAUAUUCACCCAUAUACUACUCCCGUGACUCGAGCAAUCCUGACAAUGGCUCGAAAACAAAGUCUAGAGAGUGCACUGCAAUAUUUCAAUUUGUCACAUAGUAUGGCAGGAAUUUCUGUGCCUUCUAUACAGAAAUGGCCAGGGUCUGCCUUUUCCUUCAGUGCUUGGUUUUGCUUAGAUCAGGACCAGUCGACUCUUGGCAAUGCUAACAAAGGAGGAAAGAGAAAACAAUUAUACAGCUUUUUUACAGGAAGUGGCAUGGGUUUUGAAGCUUUUAUUACCCAUUCAGGUAUGUUGGUUGUGGCAGUAUGCACAAAAAGAGAAUAUGCAACAGUUAUGCUUCCUGACCACAGUUUCUGUGAUUCCCUCUGGCACAACAUAACUAUUGUUCACAUGCCUGGAAAAAGGCCUUUUGGUCAGAGCCUUGUCUAUAUCUACGAUAAUGGACAACAGAAGGUCUCCGCCCCUCUCAGAUUUCCUGCCAUGAAUGAACCUUUUAUUUCCUGCUGCAUUGGUUCAGCUGGACAAAGAACCACCACUCCUCCACCAUCCCAAAUCCCAGAUCCACCUUUUUCUUCUCCCAUUACCCCUCAUCGGACAUCAUUUGGUGGAAUUCUGUCAUCAGCCUCCUGGGGAGGAACAACUGAAAAAUCAAAAUUGGUUACCAAAUUGAUAUCAGCUGGGACCCAGGACAGUGAAUGGGGAUGUCCUACAUCUCUGGAGGGUCAGCUAGGGUCUGUCAUCAUCUUCUAUGAAGCACUACAGCCUCCUCAGGUGAAGGCAUUAUAUUUGGCAGGUCCAAACUGUUUAAGCCCUUGGAAAUAUCAAGAGUCUGACAUGACCGACCUGCCUGGUAAUGUCCUUCUUCACUACACUGCAAAGGCCUGCAAAAAUUCAAUCUGUCUUGAUUUAUCUACUAAUUGUUUGCAUGGAAGGUUAACAGGAAACAAAGUAGUAAACUGGGACAUUAAGGACAUCAUAAACUGCAUAGGUGGAUUAAAUGUACUCUUUCCUCUCUUGGAACAAAUAAGCCACUUCAGUGAAGGACAGAUUCUUGAAAGAAUGAAUGAAAGAACAGUUUCCGAAUUGAUAACACCUGUAGAAGGAGAUUGGGUGGUAUUGACCGCCACAAAGGCAUCAGAGUCAAGACUAGAGAGAAGCUUAGUUGCAACAUUUAUCUUGAUUAUAAAACACUUUAUUCAAAGACAUCCUAUUAACCAGGACAAUCUUAUUCACUCCCAUGGAGUUGCCACUCUCGGUGCCUUACUUCAGAAGGUGCCAAACACCUUGAUGGAUGUUAAUGUAUUGAUGGCAGUUCAGUUACUAAUUGAACAGGUAUCAAUAGAGAAAAACAUGCAGCUUCUGCAACAGAUGUAUCAGUAUUUACUCUUUGAUUUCCGUAUUUGGAACCGUGGAGAUUUUCCCUUUAGAAUUGGUCAUAUACAGUAUCUUUCCACCAUCAUCAAAGACAGCAGGAGAGUUUUCCGAAAGAAGUAUGGUGUGCAGUUUCUCCUAGAUACACUUAGGAUUUAUUAUGGGAGUGAUUGUAAAUAUAGUGAGCUGUCUCUAGAUGAUAUUCGAACAAUAAGGACUUCUUUAUAUGGACUAAUUAAAUAUUUUCUGUGCAAAGGUGGAACUCAUGAAGAGAUACAAAGUAUUAUGGGUUACAUAGCUGCUAUUAAUGAAGAAGAACAGCUCUUUGGAAUUUUGGAUAUAAUCUUCAGUCUCCUACAUACCAGCCCAAUUAGAGGUCAGCUUUUCUUACUGCUGUUUGAACCAGGAAAUGCUGACAUACUCUAUGCCUUGCUCUUAAAUCAGAAGUAUUCUGACAGACUGAGAGAAAUCAUUUUUAAGGUUAUGGAACAAAUGUUGAAAUGCACGAAUGUUUAUGAACGAAGUAAACAACGUAUUCGACUCAGAGAAGUUGGCUACUCAGGAUUGGGACUCCUUCUCAGUGAAUCACUUAUUAAUACUUCUCUCAUUAAAAAUCUCACCAAUCAAAUUAUAAACACAGAUCCUGCUGUUAAUUUUAGAGACCUGUUAUCUGUGGUAUAUAUAUCUCACAGAACACAUAUAAAUGUCAGAGUAGUCAUCUGCAGAAAGAUUUUACAGAUUUUACAGUCCCAGCCAGAUGCAGCACAUCAAAUAUCUCAACAAGUGGGUUGGCAAGACACUUUAGUUAGGCUUUUUUUUAAAACAAAUUUUGAAAAUGGAAGUGCUCUUCAUAAGCACAAUAGGGCUGUCUUAAUGAAAGACAAUGAUAAAAAUAUAUCAGCUGAAGAUGCUACAAGGAACUUUGAUGAAAAGACAGAUGAUGAAAAAAUCAACUCUUUUGCCUCAGCUAAUGUAUCUUUGGAUCAGUGGAGUUUAGAGGAUAGACAUUCUCUAGAUUCAAACACACCACUAUUUCAAGAAGAUAGCUCUGUGGGAGAAUUGUCUUUCAAAUCAGAUAAUCAAGAAGAAUUCUGGCACAAUAACCCUUCACAUUUGAGUUUAGAUCUGAGUGGAAUCAACUCGUGUGAACUGAGUGAUAGUGGAAGUCAAAUGCCAGAUAGUGUGCCUAGUACACCAUCCCCAGUAGAGUCUACUAAAUCAUUUUCUGUGCAGUCUGACAAAGAAAGUAGCAUCACAAAUGACAUGGGCUUUAGUGAUGACUUCUCUUUACUUGAAAGCCAAGAGAGAUGUGAGGAGGAGCUUCUUCAAUUGCUGACAAAUAUUUUGAGCUAUGUAAUGUGUAAAGGACUAGAAAAAUCCGAUGAUACUUGGAUUGAACGGGGACAAGUGUUUUCAGCACUAACUAAGUCAGGAAUAUCCAGUGAGCUACUUCGACCAUCAGAUGAAAUAAAACUAAUUUUGCUACAGAAGAUGUUGGAAUGGGCAGUCACAGAAAACAGAGAAGCAAAAACUAAUCCAGUAACUGCUCAGAAUGCCUUCCGACUCAUGCUGAUCAUACAGGACUUUCUGCAGUCAGAGGGACUAGUUAAUUCAAACAUGUGGACUGAGAAGCUUUUAGAGGAUGUGAUGCUGCUCUUCGACUGUCUGUCAGUUUGGUAUUCUGAAAGUCCAGUAUGGGUAAAACUCUCUCAGAUUCAAAUCCAGCUGCUUCUAGGAUUUAUUGGAAGGGGUAAUUUACAGGUUUGUGCAGUGGCAUCAGCUAAACUAAACACCCUCCUUCAGACGAAAGUAAUUGAAAAUCAGGAUGAAGCAUGUUACAUUUUAGGGAAGCUGGAACAUGUUCUAAGUCAGUCAAUCAAAGACCAGACAGAAAUCUACUCAUUUCUGAUUCCCCUUGUCCGUACCCUCAUUUCUAAAAUUUAUGAGCUUCUCUUCAUGAACUUACACCUGCCUUCUUUACCUUUUACCAAUGGUAGUUCCUCAUUUUUUGAAGAUUUCCAAGAAUAUUGCAUUUCAAAUGAAUGGCAAGUUUACAUUGAAAAAUAUAUUGUACCUUACAUGAAGCAGUAUGAAACUCAUACAUUUUAUGAUGGUCAUGAGAGCAUGGCAAUAUAUUGGAAGGAUUGUUAUGAAGCCUUGAUGGUGAAUAUGCAUAAAAGAGACCGGGAAGGAGGAGAAAGCAAGCUCAAGUUUCAGGAGUUUUUUGUGGAGCCAUUUAAUCGAAAAGCACGCCAAGAGAACUUGAGGUAUAAUAAUAUGCUUAAACAACUUAGCAGUCAACAGUUAGCCACUCUGAGACGCUGGAAGGCAAUUCAACUCUAUCUUACAUGUGAAAGGGGACCUUGGGCCGAAAGGAAACAAAAUCCAAUUCAUUGGAAACUAGCUAAUGUAGAAAAUUAUUCCCGCAUGAGACUUAAAUUGGUGCCUAAUUAUAACUUCAAAACCCACGGUGAAGCUAGUGCCCUGAGAGAUAAUCUAGGUGUCCAACAUUCACAGCCUUCCAGUGAUUCAUUGCUUUUGGAAGUAGUGAAACAAGUAAAAGUUAGUGAUAUGGAGGAAGAUAAAUUAGAUCUUCCUGAAGAGGAAAUAACAGCCAGAGUAAAUAUUGAUGAGAAGAAAGAGCAGGAUCAAAAAGAAAAAUUGGUGUUGUCGGUAGACUGUGAACUCAUUACAAUAAUUGACAUAAUUCCUGGCAGAUUAGAAAUCACUACUCAACACAUUUACUUCUAUGAUGGCAGCAUUGAAAAAGAAGAUGGAGUAGGCUUUGAUUUCAAGUGGCCUCAUUCUCAAGUUCGAGAGAUUCACCUACGACGUUACAACUUAAGGAGGUCGGCCCUUGAGAUUUUUCAUGUUGACCAAUCUAACUACUUUCUCAAUUUCAAGAAAGAGGUUAGAAACAAAGUGUAUAGCAGACUAUUGUCACUUCAUUCUCCAAAUAGUUAUGGAACCAGAUCACCACAGGAGUUAUUCAAAGCAUCAGGACUGACACAGAAAUGGGUAAAUAGAGAAAUAUCAAAUUUUGACUACCUCAUUCAAAUAAAUACAGUGGCAGGACGAACCUAUAAUGACCUUGCGCAGUACCCUGUGUUUCCCUGGAUUUUACAAGAUUAUACUUCAGAAGAGUUGGACUUUAAUAACCCAUCUGUAUUUCGAGAUCUUUCCAAACCAAUUGGGGUAGUUAAUGAUAAAAAUGCCAAAGCCAUGCGAGAAAAAUAUGAAAAUUUCGAGGAUCCUAUGGGUACUAUUGAUAAAUUUCACUAUGGUACUCACUAUUCAAAUUCUGCUGGGGUUAUGCACUAUCUUAUUCGUACAGAACCAUUCACCACACUCCACAUCCAGCUUCAGAGUGGAAGGUUCGAUUGUGCAGAUCGACAGUUCCAUUCCAUCCCUGCUACCUGGCAGGCUCUCAUGGACAAUCCAAAUGAUGUGAAGGAACUUAUUCCUGAAUUCUUCUAUUUCCCAGAGUUUUUGGAAAAUCAAAAUCAAUUUAACUUGGGUCGUCUACAAGUUUCCAAAGAACUAGUAAAUGAUGUCAUUCUCCCCAAAUGGGCUAAGUCAGCUGAAGAUUUCAUCUAUAAACAUAGGAAAGCUCUGGAGUCUGAAUAUGUUUCUGCUCAUCUUCAUGAAUGGAUAGAUCUUAUUUUUGGCUAUAAACAGAGGGGACCAGCUGCAGUGGAGGCACUCAAUGUUUUCUAUUACUGUAGUUAUGAAGGAGCUGUGGAUCUGGAUGCCUUAACAGAUGAGAAGGAAAGAAAAGCCUUAGAAGGGAUGAUUAAUAAUUUUGGGCAAACACCUUGUCAACUGUUAAAGGAACCACACCCUCCUAGGUUAUCAGCAGAGGAAGCAGUGCAGAAGCAGACCAAAACAGAGUCUUCAACCCUAAACCUAUUUCAACACCUCCCUGAACUCAAGUCAUUUUUUGUGGAGGGAAUCAGUGAUGGUAUUCCACUAAUAAAGGCCAUUGUCCCCAAAAAUCAGUCUCGUUCUUUUAUGUCUCAAGGCAGUCCUGAGUUACUGAUAACAGUAAGCAUGAAUAAUGUUAUUGGAACCCAUGGAUGGCUGCCUUAUGACAGAAGCAUUUCUAAUUACUUUACAUUCAUUAGGGAUCAAACUGUGACAAAUCCAAAAACUCAGCGUAGUCUGAAUGGUCCUUUUGCUCCAGGGCUGGAGAUCACUUCUAAACUAUUUAUAGUAUCACAUGAUGCGAAGUUGCUUUUCAGUGCUGGACACUGGGAUAAUAGCAUUCAAGUGAUGUCACUUACCAAAGGCAAAAUUAUUUCACACAAUAUCAGACAUAUGGAUAUUGUGACUUGUUUAGCUACAGAUUACUGUGGAAUACAUUUGAUUUCUGGUUCCAGAGACACUACAUGUAUGAUAUGGCAGAUAACACAACAGGGUGGUGUUCCUGUGGGUUUAGCACCUAAACCCUUUCAGAUUCUGUAUGGACACACUGAUGAGGUAUUGAGUGUCGGCAUCAGCACUGAGCUAGACAUGGCAGUGUCAGGAUCAAGGGAUGGCACUGUGAUUAUACAUACUAUUCAGAAAGGUCAGUACAUGCGGACUUUACGACCACCUUGUGAGCGUUCUCUGCUCUUGACCAUUCCUAAUUUGGCUAUAUCUUGGGAAGGAUAUAUUGUCAUCUACUCCAGCAUUGAAGAAACAACCACCCUCAAGGAUAAGAAUGCAUUGCAUCUGUUUUCUGUAAAUGGCAAGUAUCUAUGUUCUCAAGUCCUAAAGGAACAAGUAUCAGAUAUAUGUGUAAUUGGAGAGCACAUUGUCAUGGGCAGCUUACAAGGGUUCCUAUCCAUAAGAGAUCUCCACAGUUUGAAUCUCAGCAUCACUCCAUUAGCUAUGCGAUUGCCUAUCCACUGUGUUUGUGUAACCAAAGAAUACAGCCAUAUCCUUGUAGGAUUAGAAGACGGCAAAUUGAUUAUAGUGGGCGUUGGCAAGCCAGCUGAGAUGCGUUCAGGUCAGCUUUCUCGAAAAUUGUGGGGAUCUAGCAAGCGGCUCAGCCAGAUUUCAUCUGGAGAAACUGAAUACAAUACUCAAGAUUCCAAGUGAUAGUUAUGUCCAUCUACUGUCAUGGGUAAUUGAAACUUGAUUUAUUGCUUCGUCACUUUAACCACAUCUCUCAACUCUUCGAAAUGUUUCAGUGCUUUUAUUCUUGAAAAUCAUUUUGGGAUUACCAAAACUGGGUAUGUUGUGUGUAUAAAAAUGCAGGUUAUAUUUAUUAUUCACUUUAAAAAUUUCAAGUUAACAUUAUUAAAUCUAAUCUUAUUAACUAAUUCUUGGCUUACACUAAGAUGGAUUUGAGAAAAUACAUUUCAUUAGAUUUAGUGGUCCAUUCCUAAUGAUCAUUAGUUCCAUUUUUAAAAACAAACCUCUGAAAAUGAAGUUAGAUUCAAUAUGCUUAUUAUUCUAAAAAGCAAUAUUUAAGGUAUUUCUAAUACAAAUACAGAUGAUAAGACGAUUGAGAGACAUGGCUUUUAAUACAUUCUUUAGUUAAUAAUUUGUCUAUUUACUGACCAUCAUAUUUAAAAAUACAUAAAUUUGUGUAACUCCUGAUUGGAGGUAAUAUUUUAAUGGUAUCUGUUGCAUACUUGGAUUUUCAAAACUCAGUAUAAAUUCCAGGUUUUCAUGAUACGUUGAAAAUAAGACUAUUGAAACUGGUAUAUUGGCUCAUUCCACUACUACUUAGCACAUUACUAAUGAGAAUUUAUUGAAAUGUAUUAUAGAGAAAUGAGAUAUAUUUUGCAGAUGUAUUUCAUUAGUGGUGUAAUUAAAGAAAAAUGCUGAUUAUGAUUUUGUCAUUUGGGCCCUUUAAGUAGCAUUUACAGCACAAUGUAUAUCUGCAAAAUUAGAAAUUUCUUAACUUUUUCUUUACUAAUCAAAUACUAUGUUUUCCCCUGAUAAUUAGAAGACUUAGCAAUGAUACCCAAAUAUGCUACAUUUUUACGUAGGACUUCCAUGUGAUUGAUGAAUGAAUUGAAAAGAUAUGUAUAACUUAAACUAGUCAUUUAGAUAUAGUAAUUUUAAAAAAUAUAUAUUUCUGUUUCAUGUUAUAUAUAACUUUUACAGUUAUAAUUAUUUCAUUAUACAUAGCUAAAUGUUACAUUAUGCUUUACUAUUCAAGAUUUUAUAGUAAAAAGGCUGAUAGAUGUAUUUUGGAAUUAAAAAAGAUUGUUAAACAUAGUGCUUUUAUAAAGUCAUCUUUUGAGAUAGAUCAGAGAGCUUUUACAAUUAUAAGUGUCCUUAAUCUGAGAGUCCAUGGGUUUGGGGGAAUUUAUGAAUCCCCUGAAACUGUGUAAAAAUUUUGUGUGUUAACUGCAGUUUUUCAGUACUGAAUACUUGAGUGGCUUUCUUAAAGGAGUCUGUGAUCAGAAAAAAAAAAAAACUUCACACUAAUAGCUUCUUAAAAUAAUAAUAUUCUUUUUCAUUUCAUAAAUCAUAGAUUUCCUUACAUCUAAUUGAAUCUUUGAGAAUUUUUCCCUUUGUAGUUCUUAUCUCCUGUUGCCCACAAUACCUAGUACCUUUUUCUUUAUAACUCUAUGAGUGAGUGAAAAAUUUAUAAGUAAAGGAUUCUGUUUAGGGAAGCUUUUUGAAUAGAUCUGAUCUAUUGGAGUCAGGACUAAUAAAAUAUCAUAUUCAUCUGCUUUUGUUUCUUAACACUGGUGAUGAUGGAAAUAAAAAUCUCAGCAUCCUGGUGAUGAGAGAUUUAUAUUAAGAUGAUGAUUUUACUUUCUAGAAAAGGAGGUUAAAGUAUGAAAACUUAUAAUAUCUGUGCUCACUUAGAGAGUAAAGAAGCUUUAUAAGAUUUUUUUCAGCUCUUCCCAAUCAGCAUUCUGUCAUUACUUAGAUAAAAUUGAAGGAGAGAAAAUAGAUCAUGACAUGAAAAUUAGGAAGUAUAUGAAAAUGAAACUUGGCCAGUUGGUUUAAAAUCUUUUAAGUUUGUGAAGCUCAUGUCAGCUAUGAGUAAGUUUCUAUCAAUUUUCUUUAGGUCUCAGUGCUAUUUUUAGAUUACAUCCUUUCGUAGGAGAGAAAAUGCCAAGUAUUCAUUAGUCAUUAGCAAGGAACAUCAAUGAGGCUUCUUUUUUUUUUUUUCCCCUCAAAUGUAAAGCACAUAAAAAUUCCCCUUCAAAGAACUGGUAUUGAAAAUCAAUUUUAUACCUCUGAAGGAAUAAGUGUGUCCUCAUAAUUAAUUAGAAUUUAGAUAUGAAAUUUAAAUCUUAACCUAAGAUUUUUUGUAUUUUGCUUAAAUAAGAAUAAGCAGAGAAAAUUGUUAAUUUGAAUACCAGAUUUUUAUUUAAUGAUAGACUCAUGGCCUUUGCUUUUAAGAAUAUUUUAUGUUAUUAUUACUAAAGAAAUCAAUAAUGGAAAUCUUUUAAUUGAAUUUAAAGAGGUUAGCUCCUUUUAUAUUAUAUUUAUAAAAUGAGUAGCAUUGUCUUUAUCACCUUUCCAAUGAAAAGAUGCAAGUGCACGGACUAUAUUAAAUAAAAAUAUAUAAAUAUUAAAGGACAUAAUAUGGUGAGUGUGUGUGUGUUUGUGUGUGUGUGUGUGAAGGUUCAUCUCUUCAAAUACAUCACCAAACUUGUCUUCCGUAUGUAAGUUCUUAAACCUGUCUUUACGGUAUAGUUUUUGACUGAUAUAAAAAAUGAAAUAUAUUCUUUUUCUUUUCUAAAUCUAAUCUAUUGUUUUCUUUUAUCAUCCAGACACAUAACUUGUUCUAAUUACUGUUUCUCUCAUCAACUAAAACUGUUCUCUCCCAGUGAAUGACCAGUCUUAAACAUUUUUAUCACUCUCAACAAAUAUCCAUUCUCAAUAUUCUUUUUACCUAAUUCAUUUCUUUAUAUACUGGACAUUUGAUUUGUUUUAAGCUUGACCCUAUGCAGAACAUUGUUGUGGAGAGUUUUCCUGCAUCAAAGUCCUGGUGGUACUUUUUAUUCAUGACAUUAAGCAUCAGCAGUAUAUUGUAUCAGUCAUCCCGUUAUCGUUUCAGCAUUAGUGAAACAUCGGCCACACCCUUACUUCUUUAAUUUGAAUCUAGCAUUUUCUAGGCUAGUGUUUCUUAAUUGAAAUUGCAGAUCAGAAUUGUCCAUGAAAUUUUAGAAAUACACAGAAGUCUAGGCACUAUUCUGGACUUUCUGAAUCUCUUUACUUCAUAUUCUUGGUACAAAAUAAAUUGUGUAUCAAGAUUAUUAUAUUAAAUCUUAAAAUAGUUUACUCUAUAGAAAUUAUAUCUAUUCAUUUUUAUAAAUCAGAUCUAUAUUCACAGAUUUAUUUGAAAGUAGUUUUGAUCAUUAAUUUCGGAGACAUUUUAUUGAAAAUUUGAUUGGCUUCUUAUCUUUGUAUUUCACGCCAUAGUAACAACCAAAUUUCCUUUUCAGUUGCGUUAUUAUAAACCCUCUUCAGACCUUUCAUGCUUGAAAAUUAUAACUAAUAGUUACUUUCAAAAAAGUGUUUGCUUUUAUUAGUUCCUAGUGACUAUCAGUGAAUAUUUGUAUAUUUGAAUUAGGUAACAUUUUUAAGUAUUAAUAAAAAGCAUGAAUAACAAAAUGCUUGAUUAAAAAAUAGAAUUGGAUAUUUUGUAACCUUAAAGCUAGUAAUCAAUAGAAUUUUCCUCAUUAAAAAGCAUUGGAUAGUCUAUGGCCUGCUACCCUGAACUACCCAGCCCAAUCCUGUCUGAUCUUGGAAGCUAAGCAGGGUCGGGCCUGGUAGGACUUGGAUGGGAGACCACCUAGGAAGACUAGGUGCUGUAGGUGUAAAAAAAAUAAAAAAAAUAAGAGAUCGUAAACUUGACAAGGUCCUUGCAAUCUGUGAGGUCAACCAAGGGUUGCCUCACCUAAAAAAAAACAAAAACAAAAAAUUGGAUAAAUUUCUUCCACUUUUGAUGACUUUUGUAGGUAUAGUCUGUGUAUGGAAAUAAUCUUUAAUUUCUCUAUAAAAAAUCCUAGUAUUACAGAAAAUAAAGCAUUAAUAUUUAAGAUAUUUAGGUCUGUGUUAGAAAUAAUUCAUUUUUUUUUUACAUUGAAAAUAUAAGGCAAUCCUAGAUUAUAGGAGUUAAUUGUUUUUCUUCAGAAUAAGAACCUUGUGUAAAAGUGGCUGUAUAUCAGAUACUUUUCUGGCACAUUGUAGUAAUUCUUCGGAUACAUCUUCUUAGAUUAUCUCACUGACAUCUGUCACAUGUGGAUGAUUUCUAAACACAUUGCAGGAUUUGGACCUACAAACCUAAUGGCUGUAGUGAAAAAAGAUAUAACUGUAUUUACUUUUGUAUUAAUGCCUAUAAUCCUAUGAAUUGAAAGUCAAAGGAAAAGAAUGAGUAGAAAGUCACUAACUCAACAUUUGUUUUCUGUGGUAUAGUUUUAAUACGUUUCCUUGGAAACUUAUUUGGCAAAAAUUAUCAUAAUAACAAAACAACUCAAUUUUGUCACUGAAAGAAUUACUCAUUUAUUUUUCAAAGUUGACUGUUAGUGGAGUUUUGGGUGUGUGUGUUUGUGUGUGUCUGUGUUUUCACUUAUAAUAUGGCUAUCUCAUUAUUUAAAAUUUAUAACUGUUUUUGAGUGUACAAAAUGAUUAGCUAUUUGUAAUACUAUUAUAAUAAUAGUAUUGUAAUUUGAGAAUAAGAAAAAUUAGGAUUUAGGUGAGAUUGAAAAAUAAAAUUAUAUUUUAUUGAUUAAAAUAGAAACUUUAAAAAAAGAAGCCUUAUUCCAAUUAGAUCUUUUAAAAUUUUAUUUUGGUAAUAAUAUAUUUCAACAUGAUUAAAACUAAAGGUUCUCUGGUCGCCACUGUACUAACUAGUUAAUGUUAUAAUGCUGUUUUUGAUGUUCCUUCUCUUGGAAACAUUUUCCUGUCUUAUAUGUGCAAUGUGGUUUAAGAUUUAGUGGGCUCAACCUGCAAGUUCAACAGAUACUCCUCAUGCAUUUUGAAGGAAAGAAACUUAUCUGCGAUAAACAUUAUUAUUUUGCUCUUCAAAAUGCUAAAAUUAUAUUAAUCGAUAAACAGUUUAGAAAGUGGUUCUGGUAAGGAGAUUAUCAGUUGCCAGACUUAACUAAAGAAUUUCAACCUCUUGGUUUCUUAUAUUGGGAUUAAAGUGAAUAAUUUUAUUUAUUCCUUUGAGAUGUUGAUUUUUGUAGAUAACUUUCAAAUUAUUUAAUUAAAAUAAUUUAUACUUCUUCCAAAAUUAUGGCAUAUUACAGUAGAUCUUACUAUUAAAAACCUUUUACAUUUUAGACUUUUUUUCUUACUGUUUUUUAUUGCUCUCUGAUUUGUAAGUACAAUAACCAAAUUUUUUUUGUGGCUAGUGUUUAUUUUGUAGUUAGUUUUACGUAAGAAAAAUUGUUAGAAAACUAUGGCUGGUCUGUUCUCUUCCUAACAGGUAUGACUUUCCUCUCCCCAACUAUUUGCUUUUAAAGACUUGGAGGAAAAAAAAUGCAAGAAGGAAUCAGGUCUAGCCAGUCAUUUUCUAUGAAAUGCAUUGCUAUAGAAGUGAAUCCAUUAAGACAGAAAAAUAUCAAAUGAUUUGUCUCUUAUGUUAGUUUUUCUAGGACCCAGAUUAAAUAGGAGCAUUUCAGUGUUAACACAGAGGGUGACAGUAAUUUGAAUGCAUGUGUGUGUGUGUGCGUGUGUGUGUGUAUGUACACAGUCAAUUUAGAGGAUAGCUGAAAAUUCAGAAUUACAUGUUAAAAAAUUUGCAAAUUGUGCUUAUACUUAAAUAUUUAAUUCAAAAAGUUAUGUAGUUAUCAUAAACGUUCCUUCUUCAAUACUGGAAGUGACCAUGAAAAAGAAUAUUAAGCCUUAUUUAUAUCUAAUUAUUGACUGCAAACUGACGCAGUGAAUAUUUGUAUGCCAAAAAGGUUUUAAAGUUGGGAGUUUUAGACUCAAUAAAGAUGUGUAAAUAAUUUUGAUUAGUGUCCUCAUUAUAAUGAAGUUACUAUUUGGUGCAAUACAUUCUUCUCUUCCUCAUCCUUUUAAAAUUAAAUGUAUAAGAUAUAUGUUUUGUUUUGUUUUGUUACAUUGAAUUCUGUUUUAAAAUUUUUCCAAUGUGUGUAUAUGAGCUAAUGUUUGAUUUUUUUCUGUAUAGCAUGAUUGAAGAUAAUUGAAAAAUUUGCACUUUUUUUAGUCCUUUGGAAAUUUGUAUUCUAAUGGUUUUUAAAAAUGUACAUUUAUUUUGUACAUGAUAAAUUAGCUUUGUACAUGGAAAUGGGUUUGAGUCAAAUUAAAAAGUGAUGUUACUUUCUUCA